AGUUUCACUUCACCAUCUUCAUCAUCUCUCAAAAACCUAAUCGUUCUCUCUCUCUCAAAUGGCGGCCAUGACUUCUACUCUCUCCAUCUCUUCCACCAAGCCACAGAGGCUUUUCGACUCCUCUUUCCAUGGCUCAUCCAUCUCCGCGGCUCCUGUCUCCGUUGGUCUCAAACCACGUUCGGUUUCUGCCGUCUCCGUUCGCGCCAGUACCGCUGGUUACGAUCUUAAUGCCUUCACGUUCGCUCCUAUCAAGGAAUCGAUCGUGUCUCGCGAGAUGACGAGGAGGUACAUGACGGAUAUGAUCACUUACGCCGAGACUGACGUCGUCGUCGUUGGUGCUGGUUCCGCUGGAUUAUCAUGCGCUUACGAGAUCAGUAAGAACCCUAACGUUCAGGUUGCGAUCAUCGAACAAUCUGUUAGUCCCGGUGGUGGCGCGUGGCUCGGUGGUCAGCUUUUCUCCGCCAUGAUUGUGCGCAAACCAGCUCACCUGUUCCUUGACGAGAUCGGUGUACCCUACGAUGAGCAAGACAACUACGUCGUGAUCAAGCACGCCGCUCUCUUCACAUCCACCAUCAUGAGCAAGCUCUUGGCUCGUCCUAACGUGAAGCUCUUCAACGCGGUCGCAGCCGAGGAUCUGAUUGUGAAAGGAAACAGAGUCGGUGGUGUGGUGACAAACUGGGCUCUUGUGUCGAUGAACCACGACACACAGUCUUGCAUGGACCCUAACGUCAUGGAGGCCAAGAUUGUCGUCAGCUCGUGUGGUCACGAUGGUCCUUUUGGAGCCACCGGUGUGAAGAGGUUGAAGAGCAUUGGGUUGAUCGAUCAUGUUCCUGGAAUGAAGGCUCUUGACAUGAACACAGCUGAAGACGCGAUUGUGAGAUUGACUAGGGAGGUUGUUCCCGGUAUGAUCGUGACCGGUAUGGAAGUCGCAGAGAUCGAUGGCGCACCAAGAAUGGGACCAACAUUCGGAGCUAUGAUGAUAUCGGGACAGAAGGCGGCACAUCUUGCUCUGAAAGCUUUGGGACAGCCUAAUGUUUUGGAUGGAUCCUACGUUGGAAACCUAAGCCCUGAGCUGGUCUUAGCUGCUGCUGAUUCAGCUGAAACCGUAGAUGUUUAAGGAAAAAUGUUUUUUUUUUUUUUAAUGCAAGAAAAAUUUCACUUGAUCCUUUCUGAUGUGGAAGGAGUUGCAAUAAAGGAGGAGUUUAGGUGUUUGUUAUGUAAUGAACUUUUCCGUGUCUUUUGUUUCUUCUGAAUGAAAACGUUUCUUCAGUGUAAAAUUGCGUUAGUUAUCUUCUUCAUUCGUGUAAUGUGUGUUCUUCUUCUCUGAUCUGGCUGGAUUUAUUAGUUUCGAUCUCGUUCACCUUUA